ACAAAAAGUUUACACUUUACAGCAAACUUUUAUUUAAUUAUUUCACGAAAGUUUAGUUUUUAAGUCAAAGAAAGACUAAAUAAAAUGUGAUAUAUGAUUAGAUUAAAGUUAUUACAAAGCAGCGGCUUUAUUAGUGCAUUUUGUGGUCUAAAUACGGUUAAAAUAGUGUUAUAAAAAUGUCGGCAAGCAGUGGAACAAGUUCGUCCCAGACUUCACCUGCGAUGGCUUCGAUAAGCGAUGUCUCUGCCUUAUUUCAAACUGCAAAAAAGUAUGAAGAACUCAACGUUAUUGGGACAGGGGCCUACGGUACAGUGUACAAAGCUCGGGACCUCCACAACGGUGGCCAGAUAGUGGCCAUGAAAAAAGUCAAGGUGGCCCUCACAGAAGAUGGCAUUCCACUGUCUACGCUACGAGAAAUAGCAUUGCUUAGACAACUAGAAGCGUACAGACAUCCCAAUAUUGUUAGACUCCUGGACGUCUGUCAUGGCGGCCAAUCACUGGAGAGAGAUCACCAGUUGGUGCUGUUCCUAGUUUUUGAGCAUGUCGAGCAAGACCUAGAUUCAUACUUGAAAAGGGCGCCGGGACCACUCUCUGAGAAUGGAAUUAGAAGUAUGUCCUACGACAUCCUCUCUGGUGUGGACUUUUUACACUCCCACCGGAUUGUCCACCGCGAUCUCAAGCCACACAACCUUCUCGUGACGUCAGCCGGCCGCGUCAAGUUAGCUGACUUCGGCCUCGCCAAGACCUACGACACCGAGAUGAAACUCACUAGCGUGGUGGUAACCCUGUGGUAUCGGCCACCGGAAGUGUUGCUCGGGCUAUCAUACAACACAGCGGUGGAUGUGUGGUCCUGUGGGUGUGUGUUGGCGCAGCUACACACUCGCUCGCCUCUACUGCAAGCCGACUGCGACUCGCAACAACUGCACUGUAUAUUCAGAUUAAUAGGCCGUCCGCCGAAGCACGAGUGGCCGGACAACGUGGGGAUUGUAGCGGACAGCUUUCCGGACUACCCCCCACGGGACUUAGCGGAUGUCUUGCCAAGAAUACACCCACACGCCUUGGAUAUGAUCAGGGGCAUGCUUGUCUUCGACCCAGCGAAACGGCUCACGGCUUUGGACUGCCUCGAGCAUCCGUACUUUACUGAAGAGCCACUCACAUAAUAUACAUCCUAUAAUUUUUUGCGUGGGGGUCAAAUUAACCCCUUCACGUUUGCGUAAGGGGUCAUAUUAACCCCUUGUCAUUUUGCAUUUUUUUAAGUAACAUCCAACAGCUUUGGACUAAUAUUCUUAAUGAAAAAAAUCUUACUAUUGCAAUGCAUUUGCAUAACCCUAAAAUAGUUCAAUCAAGUGAGGUCAAAAUGAUCCCAUACCUUCGCUUGAGGGUUUAAAUGACCCCCAACUCUUUUUUUUCAUUAAUUUUAUAUUCUUUCAAGUGAAGUCAAAUGACUUUAGAUGAGGGGUCUAAAAAACCCCGUAUUCAUUUAAAUUUUUAAAGGUUUUUUUUAAAUAUGAAAAUCCAAACGAAACGUGAUCGUUGCACGUUAUUGAAUAGGAAAAUAAAUUGUCAUAAUAAAAUCAAAAAUUAAAUCGUGAAAAAUGUUAAAUAAAAUAUUUUUUUUUUGCCUAUAUAUUUUUAUUUAAUUUUUAAAGUUUUGUUGAUUUUUCGAUGAUUAAAAAGUACGAUAGCCAACAGAAAAUAGAGUUUUUGUUUUUUUUUAUUAUUAAAAAGCUCAAUAAGUGAUGCAUUUUUGUAGCAAAGUUAUAUUUUUGAUUAUUUUUGUUUUGUUAACUUUAACAGGCAUCUCUUUUUUUUUGUAUUAAAUAUUAAGUAUAUUGUUAAGAUUUUUUGCAAUUUUGCCCACCUAUCUUUGUAAUAAAGAAAAAAAAUAGUUUUUUUAAAAAGUAAAAUAGAUAAGGGCUAUUCACAUAACAGAAAAUAAUCGUGAAUCAUUUUUAAAGUAUUUUUAAUACUGCAUUUACUAUUUUUGGAGAAAAUCUUCUUCUUUUUUAAACAAAAGAAUGCACAGUAAUUCAAUUAAUAAAUAAUGCAGAAAAAUGUAAAUUAUAUCAAAAAGAAAGCUUUCGAAAUCUUUUUCUAAUGUUCUGUGAACGGCCCUUAAUCGAAUUAAUUAGUUUUUAGUUACUUUAGUAUUCUUUCGCUGAUUUAAAAGAUAAACAAAAAAUAGAAACCGUUUUGGAGAAACGCAUAAGCGACGCUUUUCGCUCGUAUAAUGAUUUUAUUGUCAGUUCAAGUAAUAAGGUUUGUGCACCCUGUGGUUGCCACUUGUCACUUCCUGAUUUACGGGUUACCAGCAUCAAAAAUACGGGGUUUAGAUUUUUUUACGGGAGACAGUGUUUUACAUAGAUAUUUUUCUACUAAGUACUUAUUGUUUGAAGAAACAGCUUUUGAAAGUUCUUCAUUUUGUGAAAGAAAUGUUCAAAAUCUUUGCAUCCUAACUAAAAAUUUCAUUUUACUUGCCGCCUUCACAGUAUCAAUAUUGAGUCGGUUUAGGAUACGCGGGUAUGGACGCAUUGCCGCAAGGAAAAUAUUUUUUCUACUGGACAAAAGUCAGGGUUUGGUUUCGCCAGCCAGCUCCGGUUGAAUUUGAAAAAAAUACGGGACCUUUAUUUACCCCGUACGGUACGGUUUACGGGUUUCUGUAUUAUCAUGCCCUGAAAUACGGGGUAACCCGUAAACUACGGGGUUAUCCGUAAAAUACGGGGCAUCUGGCAACCCUAGGUGCACCUCUUAUGCGUUUCAGCGAGAAGCUAAUUGUUUACCUUUUAUUUGUAGGUAUUUUUGUAUUUUUAAGCACUCCAGUGUUCCUUGUUAAGUGAUAUCGUAAAGAUAAAAAGUUACUUUAAAAAAUCGUUAGGUUAAGUUUUUUUUUGUAAUUUUUCGAUCUUCGAAAAUAAAUACGUAACAUUUU